AUUACUUUAUUAAAAUUAAAAUUCACCCCUCUGAAAAUAAAACUAUUUCUCUUUCUUUCUUUCUUUCUCCCGAAAAUAAUUUUCUCUCUCUCUCUCUCUUCCUCUGUACCGCCGCUGGACGUCUCUCUCUCUUCGCCAAGAAGAACAGAGAAAGCUCUCUCUUCUCCCAUUCCCCCUUCUCUGUAUCAGUGUUCGAUGCUUCCCGCCAAUCGCCACUGUCAUUGAAACCCUAGUUUCUUGAUCGCAUUGUUUCUUCGUUUCCAGGAAAAAUUGCUGUUUUCGAGGGUUUGGAUAUAUGUCCAACCAUCAACCAAGGGCUGAAAUUCGAGACGCUCCUCAGUACAGGAAGGCCGCCAGAGGCAGUGGCUCAAAUCCGCAUCGCGGUGGUAGAGGAGGCGGAGGGGGCGGCAACUACGGCCCACCUCCUAAUCCCUCCCUGUCGUCCAAUAGAAGCUUCAAUAAGAAGAAUAGUAAUGCACAAGGAGGACAUCCGCGGGCUGGCGGCGUGAAUGUCACUUCGGAGGGCAAUGCUCCAUCAGCUGCUCGAUCAGUGCAGAAUGGCGCUCACCAGCAGCAUUCAUUGGGUGGUGUGUCAGGUGCAUCUGUUCCUCCUGCAAGUGUUCCUUUAUCAAUUACUCCUAGGCCUGCUGAUGAAGCACCUCAAAAAAUGAUGCAAUCCGUGCCAUCAUCUUCUUCAUCUAAUGUUUCUGACUCAAAUGGACCAUCAACUCCUGUUAAAGCUCCCGGAGAUGUAUCAAGGUCUACCUUCCCUCUCCAGUUUGGCUCAAUAAGUCCUGGUUUAAUGAAUGGGAUGCAGGUACCUGCCCGAACAAGCUCAGCCCCACCAAACUUGGAUGAGCAGAAAUUUGACCAGGUUCGCCAUGAGCCGUCAAGAUCUGUAGCUGCACUGCCAACUCCGUCAUUGGUUCCCAAGCAGCCGUUGCCAAGAAAAAACACUGUAACAACAGUUGAACAAGUUAGCAGUGGCGAAGCUCAUCAAGUAGUGGCCCAGCCAAAGAGGGAUGCACCAGUUUCAGCUCCGUCCCCUGUGUCCCAAGGUCAAAAGCAUUCUGCUCAUCCAAUGCCUGGGAUUCACUUGCAAAUGCCUUUUCACCCGCGACCUUCUCCCCCUGUUCAAUUUGGUCCUCAAAUUCAAUCUCAGGCCGUGUCAGCAUCAUCUUUGCCUAUUCAAGUUCAAGUGCCCCUGCUUGGAAAUCCUCCUUUGCAGCAGACAGUUUUUGUUCCUGGUUUUCCACCCCACCCAAUGUCAUCCCAAGGGAUCAUGCAUCAAGGACAAGGAUUAAAUUUUCCAUCUGGAAUGAGUCCACAGAUGCCUCCACAGUUAGGGAACAUGGGAAUGAAUAUGUCUUCACAAUUUUCUCAACAGCAAGCUGGGAAAUUUGGAGGAUCACGCAUCCCUGUAAAGAUCACUCAUCCUGAAACACAUGAAGAAUUGAGACUUGAUGGAUCAUCUGGUGCAAGGCCUCAUAUUAGUAUACCAUUUCAGUCACAGCCCUUAUCCUCAUUUCCACCUACUCAUCCUAGUUCAUACAACGGCAUGGUCUUUUUCCAACAUCCAAAUUCUGUUCUGCCUAAUAACACACAGAGUUCUCAGCCCCCAAGAUUACUUAAUCAGGUGACAGUAAAACCUGCUUCUGGUGUACAUGUAGAAAAAGACCAGUUAGCCUCUGUAAGCUCACCCACUGGAAAGGAUUCACAGAAAAACUCAAAGCUCCUUGGAGUAGGUUCUGGUCUCCAACACAGAGAUUCUCAGACUUCAUCUCAUAGUUAUGUGCCUCUGUCAAAACCUGGUGAUGGGUCAUCAAUUCCUGCAGUUGGUAAGCAAUCCACCAUGGUUAUAAGUUCACCUCUGGACACACCAUCAACUUCAUCUUCAACACAUACUGUAUUGGUUGAGAGUUCUAUAUCAGUGCCAAUUGUCACUGCUGAAGAUGCAUCUGUUCCUAACCCUGAAGUUUGGAAGAAAAAAAUUGAUCAUAGAGCCCCUCAAUCAUUGCAGGAUAAGAACGCAAAAAAAUCUUCAAACCUUUCAGUUUUGCCUUGUCAGUCACCAGUAACUAGAGAGGUUGAAGUGCCUGCUUCUUUGGGGACUAACACCAACAUUGACACCUCUAAGGAGUCAUCAUCCAUAUAUCCUACUUCAUUAGAUACAGUUAAUGCUAAAAGCAAGGAGAGGCAAGCACAGUAUUCUUCAGAUCCUUCUAUCACAUUGAGUCUUGAUGGUGAUCCUCAGGUGCCUGAAAACUUGAGUAAAAAUGAGAAUGAAGUGAAGAUGCAAGUAUCUCAUCAAGACAGCAACACUUGUGAAGCCUCUUCAAAGUCACAAUCCUUGGAAUGUUCAGAACAUGUCAAUCAAACUAAAGAGGGCUCCCCAGUGAGAGUUACUAGCUCGAGUAAUUAUGACACUUCAACUGAAACUACUCAUAAAAAAGUUGAUAAUUCUGCUAUAGGUUCACUUGAAGGUCUAUCUGCUGGAGAUGGUCUUGUUGCCUGUAAAGAAGUUGCUGCUACAACAUGUUCACAUGAGAAUCAGGGGUCUGAAUCUAGGUCUUGUCAGUCUCAUUCCAUGAUUGCCUCAAAUGGAGGAGAUGUGCAUGCUGAAAAUAAUAACACUGGUUCACUUGCGAAGGAAAAAUUUCUGAUGGAGCAGCAUGUGCAAAAAAAUACUACUAAAGUAAAGAAGAAGAAAAAAGAAUUAUAUAAAAAGGCAGAUGCUGCUGGUGCAACUUCUGAUCUGUAUAUGGCGUACAAGGGUCCAGAAGAAAAGAAAGAGAGUGCCACUUCUGUAGAAAGUAUGGAUAGCACCACUAAUGAUAGUUCAAAUCCAGUUACCCCUCAAGUUGUGCACGACACACCGAGCAAGAAAGUAGAGCCAGAUGAUUGGGAAGAUGCUGCCGAUGUCUCCAGUCCAAAUCUGGGAACUGUGGGAAUUGGAAAGCAAGUUGUUGGUGGAUUCAAGCGUGAUAGUGAAGAUGGUGAUGUGACUGGAUUCAAGAAGUAUUCAAGAGAUUUCCUACUUAAAUUUGCUGAUCAAUGUACUGAUUUUCCAGAGGGGUUUGAAAUUACCUCUGACAUUGCAGAGGCAGUGAUGGUUGUUAAUGCCAACUUUUCACGUGAUUCUUACCCAAGUCCUGUUAGGGUUAUUGACCGACCAUCUAGCUUGUCUAGACCAGAACGUCGUGGGAAUGGCAUGACAGAAGAAGACAAACGGAAUAAACCACGUGGAUCUGUAAUGCCCGGAAGGGAUAUGCGGCCUGAUUUGAGUUUUGGAGUCAGUCACAUGGGAUACCAACCUGCCCAAGUAAGUAACUCUGGUGUAUUGAGGAAUCCUCGUGCACCGUCACCAAUUCACUAUGCCGGAGGUAUCCUUACUGGGCCGAUGCAGUCCAUGUCUAUUCCGGGAGGUGUGCAAAGAGGCGGCAUUGAUGCUGAUAGGUGGCUACGCGGAAGUGGUUUCCAAAAGGGUAUAAUGCCUUCUCCUCAGGCUCCUUCACAAUUGAUGCACAAAGCGGAGAAGAGGUAUGAAGUUGGCAAGGUUACAGAUGAGGAGGAAGCAAAGCAGAGACAACUAAAAGGAAUUCUGAACAAGCUUACUCCUCAAAAUUUUGAAAAAUUAUUCCAACAAGUUAAAGAUGUAAACAUUGAUAAUGUAACAACGCUCACUGGCGUUAUUUCACAAAUUUUUGAUAAAGCGCUGAUGGAACCAACUUUUUGUGAGAUGUAUGCCAACUUUUGUCAACACCUUGCAUCAGAACUACCUGAUUUGAUUGUAGACACUGAGAAGGUCAGUUUUAAGAGGCUGCUUCUGAACAAGUGCCAAGAGGAAUUUGAGAGGGGUGAACGUGAGGAGCAGGAAGCUAAUACAACUGAUGGGGAUGGUGAAACUAAACUUUCAGAUGAAGAGAGAGAGGAUAAAAGACUAAAAGCAAGAAGGCGGAUGUUGGGUAACAUCCGGCUGAUUGGGGAGUUGUACAAAAAGAAAAUGUUGACAGAGAGGAUAAUGCACUCAUGCAUCAAUAAACUGCUAAGUGAGUAUCAGAAUCCUGAACCUGAUGAAGAAAACAUUGAAGCUUUGUGUAAGCUGAUGAGCACAAUAGGGGAGAUGAUAGAUCAUCCGAAAGCCAAGGAGUAUAUUGAUUGUUAUUUUGAUGUGAUGGCAAACUUGUCAAACAACAUGAAGCUCUCAUCCAGAGUAAGAUUUAUGCUGAAGGAUGCAAUCGAUCUGAGGAAGAAUAAAUGGCAGCAGCGGAGAAAAGUUGAAGGUCCUAAAAAGAUUGAGGAAGUACAUAGGGAUGCAGCUCAAGAAAGGCACGCACAAUCUAGUCGAUUGUCUCGAGCUCCUAGCAUGGGCUCUUCUGUUAAAAGGGGUCAACCCGUGGACUUUGCAUCCAGAGGAGGUUCAAGUAUGUUUCCUUCUCAAAGCUUGGCCCAUGGUGGCGGUUUUCGACCCGUGUCUUCACAGAUGCGGGGUUUUGGUGGUCAGGAUGUUCGUAUGGAGGAAAGGCAUCAUUCUUUUGAUAACAGGACCUUUUCGGUUCCUCUUCCACAUAGAUCUGUUGGUGAUGAGAUCACGCUCGGACCACAAGGUGGUCUUGGAAGAGGAAUGUCUUUCAGGGGACAUGGAGGCACACCAAAUAUCUCUUCUACUACAGACAAUGCUCCGAAUCCAGGUGAUGCACGAAGAAUUUCGUCUGGUCUAAAUGGAUAUGGUCAUGUGCCAGAUCGGACAGGUUAUGGCCAGAGGGAGGAUGUGGUCCCAAGAUACGUGCCAGAGAGGUUAUCGAGUCAAUAUGAUCAUCCUGGUACACAAGAGCGAAAUGCUCCUUACGGGGGUAGUCGGGAUCACAAUUUUGAUUCAGUUACAACUCCCACAUCACCUCCUUUACGUGGGGGAGGGACUGGCUUUGCACAAAAUGUUCCUUUGGAUCGGACAUUUCCAGAAGAGCACCUAAGAGACAAGUCUAUGAAUGCUAUCAAAGAAUUCUACAGUGCUAGAGAUGAGAAUGAAGUUGCCUUGUGUGUGAAAGAACUCGAUGCUCCAAGCUUCUAUCCGUCGAUGAUUUCUAUAUGGAUUACGGAUUCUUUUGAGAGGAAGGAAAACGAGAGGGACCUUUUUGGGAAUCUCAUUGUUGAUUUGAUCAAAUCUCAAGAUGUUAUACUAAGUCAAGAUCAACUCGUUCAGGGGUUCGAAUCUGUUCUUAGUACCUUGGAGGACGCCGUUAAUGAUGCCCCUAAAGCUGCAGAGUUUCUUGGGCGUCUCUUUGCCAAAGUGAUUUUGGAAAAUGUGAUUCCUUUAAAAGAAAUUGGGAAUUUGAUAUAUGUCGGAGGGGAAGAGGAAGGCCGGCUUCGAGAGAUAGGGCUGGCUGCUGAAGUGCUUGGAAGUGCUUUGGAGGCGAUUAAAACUGAGAAAGGUGAUUCUGUAUUGAAUGAGAUGUGCAGAAGCUCCAAUCUGCAGCUACAGAGCUUCCGGCCUCCCGGAUCUAACAAGCAUUGGAAACUAGACAAGUUCCUCCUUUAGGGCAGGUAGAUUCUUCUUGUAUUUUGUAGAAAUUUAAAAUUCCUGCCUAGCUGUUUAGGGUAACCCCUUCUCAUCUUUUCACAGAUAUAUAUAUAAUUUUGAAACGGGAAUUUUAAGCAGGGGCUCGUCCUUCUGGAUGCUUUUUAAAACAUUACUAGCAUUAUUAUUUGUUUGGGUUAAAAAGCAGUGGUUGCAGUUAAAUUU